CCAAAUUAUAUUUUUCAUUUUUCACUCAUACGCAUCUCUCUCUGCAUUCUCUCUCAUUUUCUGCCCUCUACCGUCUCUCUCUCUCCCCAUCCUUCUCCGGCGCACGUCGCCGCUUCUUACCGCCUCUGGCGUGGCGAGGCCGGCGCCUCUCCUUCCCCCUCCUUUCUAUCUUCUAUCUUUCCCCAAUUCCUCAAAUUAAAGCUACCUAGGGUUCUCUCUAAAUUUCCCCUUUCAAUUCCACUUCUCCGGUGAACUCUACCGCCGCCGCCGCUACUGCAGCCACCUGAACGUCUCCCUGUCAUCCUCCCUGCCUCAGCCACCGCGGACCGCCCUGGUGCGGGCCGCGCCAGCGGUCGCCGCCGUCGGACGGGCUGACGGGAAAGGCAGCGGCUGCUGCUGCUAAAAGGAAACAACUGGAAUUUUACCUUCUGCUGCUUCCCUCUCAUCACGAUGGAGUACUUGCUGCCGACACUAAGGAAGAAGCAAGAGGUCGAUUCUCUCAUCAGAGACACCUUAGACAAAGUCCUUGUCCUUCGCUUCGGCCUCUCUUCCGAUGCCAUCUGCCUCCAACUCGACGACGUCCUGUAUAAAUCGGCGAGAGACGUGUCGAAAUUCGCGACGGUGGCGCUAGUGGAUGCGGCGGCGGAGGAGAUUCAAGUUUAUCUCAAGUAUUUUGAUAUUACAUAUGUUCCCUCCAUCGUGUUCUUCUUCAAUGCUCACCACAUGAAAAUGGACUCCGGAAGUGCAGAUCACACUAAAUGGGUUGGUACAUUUCAGAAAAAGCAAGACUUUGUGGAUGUUGUGGAGGCCAUAUAUAGAGGGGCAAUGAAGGGCAAGCUAAUUGUAAACUGCCCGCUUCCUGCUGAGCGAAUACCAAAGUUUCAGUUGCUAUAUAAAGAUGUUUAGGAUGUACAGUUGCAAAGGUUACCAAAGCAGCAAAUCUCUGUUGUGUUGCAUUAAAUGGAUACCAAAGCAGCAAAAGCUUAAAUAGAUAUUGUCUGGGAAAAAAAAAAGAGAAGUAUAUGAAAGAGGUAGUUUUUUUUUGUACAAAUCUGAAAGAGGUAUUGAAUUAACAGUAAUUGAGUAUUUAGCUCUAACAUCUAACUUAUCUAUACUCUAUAGAACGUUAUUCUAAGGUGUUUUUUUUUUGGUGCAGUACUUCAAUAUAAUUUUUACCCUUGUAUACUUUUUAACCUUUUCCAUUUGUCUUCCAAUCUUUUUUUU